AUCUAUAAAUGUGUGAAGGAUCUCUGUCUGUAUCCUGGUACACCUCGGAUAAUGUGUGAAGGAUCUCCUGUCUGUAUCCUUGUACACCUUGGAUAAUGUGUGAAGGAUCUCUGUCUGCAUCCUGGUACACCUUGGAUAAUGUGUGAAAGAUCUUCUGUCUGUAUCCUGGUACUGCUCGGUAUACCAGGGACGGGUAAAUCUACCUUCUCCGCCUUGUUUAAGAAUUACGCUGAGCCGAGAAACCUGAACGUUGUUCAUGUCUGCUACGAUAAACUUGUACCUUUAGAGGAGCAAGCAGAACUCAAGGAGCAACCAGGACUAUGGAAACAAAUCCGGGGGGAAAUUCUAAACGCCCUGGAGAUAAAGAUCUGCCAAACUUUGAAUAAAGAUUGUGAUCUCGAUGAUAAUGAAUUCAUUGACAAAAUUGAUGCAUUUUUCAUCCAUAAUACUUGUCAUUCGGAAACAUUACAAACAAGUGAAAGUAUAAAAAGUGAUAAAAGCGAUAAAAGUGAUAAAAUUAAUGAAAAACCUUCAAAAACAGUAUUUAUUAUUGAUGAUAAUAAUUAUCUGUCGAGCAUGAGACAUGAAUUUUAUCAGGUUGCGAGAAAACACUGUACAGGGUUUGCUGAAAUAUAUUUUCAAUCUGAGCUAACCACUGCUCUUCAACUUAAUACCAGCAGGGAAAGCCGAGUACCUGACUCUGUAAUUGAGAAGAUGUUCCAGAGCCUAGAGCCCCCAAACCCUAUUAAGAACCCCUGGGAGAAAUUCUCAUUCGCAGUUAAAGUUGAGAAGAACAAACCUGUAAACUCGGAGAUGGUUGAGAGUGUAGUUAAAACAGCUCUGCGUUAUCCUGAAAUCCCUUUGCAAGAUGAUUCUGAAGAGAAGGAGAAGGAUAGAAUAGCUUGCUCAGCCAACCUUGUGCAUCAGGCGGAUAAUCAGCUGAGACUCCUGGUGAAUAGGAGAAUGACGGAGCUGAGAACUAAGAACCUGACUAAACCUGAACUCAAGGAGUUCUCGACUCAGUUCUACUCCGUUAAACAGGAACUAUUGGAGGACUUCAGAACAGGCUUCACUAAGCUAGACAGGAACCUGGUCGCAAAGGUUGAGAACAGAGAGUCUGGAGCUAUUGAUCUUCUUCAAGAGACUUUAGCUGAACUCUUUAAUCAUAAACUCUCAUUAAACAGUUGAUCUUCUUCGAGAGACUUUAGCUGAACUCUUUAAUCAUAAACUCUCAUAAAACAGUUGAUCUUCUUCAGGAGAGACUAUAGCUGAACUCUUUGAUUUAUUUAUUAAAUAAACUCUUAUUAAAAGUU